AUGUCGGCGACAAGCGGCCAUGUGCCAACACCGCCGAAGUCCAUGUCUUCACGUCUCUUGACUAUGAAGUUUAUGCAGAGAGCUGCUGCUUCUUCCUCUCCAUCAGCCCCGACUACCACAGAUGAACCUUCACCAAAACGCCGGAGGACAGACUCAAACAGUUCCACUCCUUCGAGAAUCAAUAUCGACUCUUUGGCCGACCGGACAGCAGUCCAAGUUGCCCUUGCUUCCGAGGAGUCCAAACGUCAGGCUGCGUUGGAGAAGCAGGCUGCUGAAGCUGGGGAUACGAGAUGGGUCUUGAGCUUUGAGGAUCAGAAAAUCAUAGCAGCUUCGUCUCCCUUGGCUUUAAGGAUCGUUCAAGCAGGGUUUGCCAACAUCGAUUCUUCACCUUCAGAGAUCAGAAUCGCGGAGGAUGAUCUAGAAGACAGACCCGUUAUGGUGGGACGGCGAAGCUUUGGAAGAUUCAACAAAGCUUUAGAGAAACAACAGGACCCUUCUCACGAAGAAUCCUCCGAGUCCGAAUCUGAAGGCGAUGACGAAGACAACGACUCUUCAGAAAGUUCAAGCAGCGACUCCGAUGACCCCACAAGUAACCCGAUCAAGGCAUCCCGGCGAGAAGCAGCAGAAAGAGCCCGAGAAGAGCGAAAAUUCAAGAAGCGUGCUGAGAAGGCUGAAGCAGAAGAUAUAGCCAGGAAGAGGAGAAAGAACGACAUCAAUUUGAACGGGCUAACUUCUUUGAGCGGAAGACAAGAAAGACCUAUUCCGCCUGAUGUCAAGUGCUUCAAUUGUGGUGGCAAUCACUUCAAGAAGGAUUGCAAAGAGAAGAAAAGAAGUUACCAUGGAGGAGAUGAUGGCCCUCCACGCAAAGCCCGCAAGGCCUAG